CACACACACAUUAACUUGUGACUUGAAGCCAUGUCGUGCCUAGCAGUUGAAACAGAGUCUCUAGUCAGCUGCAUUAUGAACCCACAAGCACUUAUUCAGAAAUCUCAGGAGGCCAAAACUCUGGCAUUCUGUCCAUACAGCAAAUUCAGAGUGGGAGCAGCUGUUGAAACAAGCGAUGGAACCAUCUUUACAGGUUGUAACAUAGAGAAUGCAUGCUACAGUCUUGGCAUGUGCGCUGAGAGGACUGCUAUCUGCAAAGCUGUGUCUGAGGGACACACUGUCUUCAAAGCCAUCGCAAUUGCCAGUGACCUUGAGGAUCGGUUUAUUUCUCCAUGUGGUGCUUGUAGGCAGGUCAUGAGAGAAUUUGGCUUAAACUGGGAUGUUUACCUGUCAAAGACUGAUGGGUCCUUCAAACGGCUGACUGUGGAAAUGUUACUUCCAUAUUCGUUUGACCCUGAUGACCUGAGGGGAAAGGGAAUUCAUUAAACCUGUGGCAAUUAGAAGCUGUAAAGAUGAGAUUAUAGGCCAUAUUACAACCUCAGUGUGAGCUGGAUAGAUAUAUAGAUAGAUCAUUGCAUAAGAUAAUAUAAUAUUAAAACAAGUGGUAUUUAUUUUCAGGAAAUAUAUCACUAAAAUCAUUUUGGGUUCAAUUGUUUAAGAGUCUUCAAAAAAAAUCACUCAGAUAAGUUAGGUUUGAGAAAAGGCCUGGCAAAAUUUCUAUGCUGAUGCCAGUUGGUUUGAUAUUUUGAUAUCUAAUGCAAUGGAUACUUUAAGUGUAGCUUAUAUGUCCAAAUAAUGUACGUUUUGGAGGCACUGUAGAUAGAUUAAUUGUGUACAAUUAGCUUUAAACAUGCCGUCACAAUAACAUCCUUCUGUUUACUGUGGCUUUAUUUUCAAGAGAAAAAUAUGAAAAUGUUGACUCAUAAAUUAUAAUAAUCCUGUUCUGAGUUGUUGUGUGAUCAUUCAUUUGGUGCCUACAGCAGUGCUGGGGAGUAACUAACUAAAUAUAG